AUUCAUAAAUCACAUUAAGGCACUAGAAAAUGGAAAAGAAGGAUAUGUUGUCCAGACUUGCAGCUGGGGAGGUUAUACUUGGAGAUGGUAGCUACGCUGUAACCCUGGAGAAACGAGGUUAUGUGAAAGCUGGAGAUUGGACACCGGAAGCUGCACCUGAACAUCCACAAGCAGUUGAACAGCUUGCUAUAGAGUUCUGCAGAUCAGGUGCAGAUGUUACUCAAACAUUUACAUUUUGGUGUCACGAGGAUAAUCUUCCCAAGGACUGCAAGUACACGUGCGAUGAGAUAAACCAAACAUCUUGUGACAUUGCCAAAAAAAUUGCAAAGCAAUAUGGAACCAUUACUGCAGCUGGAUUGUCCCAGACUGGAAACUACGUGGAUUCCAGCUCAAAUGCCAAGGCGGAGUUAGAUCUGAGAAGAGCUGUGGAGAUCUAUAUUAAAAAUGAUAUUGAUGUUAUUAUCUGUGAGUAUUUCCGGAACAUUGAGGAAAUGGAGAUUGCCAUUAGAGUAGCAAAGGAGACAGAUAAACCAGUAGCAGCUACUAUGUGUAUGGCCCCUUCAGGAGAUGAAAACAAUGUAUCUGUCAGAGAAUGUGCUGUCAGGAUGGCUAGAGCAGGUGCAGAUCUUGUCGGUGUUAACUGUCUGUUUGAUCCAAAUAUUCUUCUGGAUGUGAUGAGUGAAAUGAAAGCUGCUCUAGAUCAGGAGAAUCUUCAUCCCUAUCUCAUGGUUCAACCUCUUGGAUUCCGUUGCCCUGAUGGGGGAAACUAUGGAUGGGUGACUGUUCCGGAGUUUCCAUUUGCUUGUGAACCCCGUCAGAUAACAAGAUGGGAAGCGAAGAAGUUUGCUAGGGAUGCCUACAACCUAGGAAUUAGAUAUAUUGGAGGGUGUUGUGGGUUUGAACCCUACCAUAUAAGAGCUAUUGCUGAAGAGUUGAGAGAUAUACGUGGAAAGGUUCCACAAGCCUCAGACAAGUCAGAUUAUGAACUCGUGAAAUUCAAGGAGUUUGAAUCAAGGGGAAUACACCGUUAUAAGAACAAGGGUAGUGAGAGCUGGUGGAAGGAGAUGGAACCUUGUACUGGUAGACCUCUCUCCACUGCCUUAUCUAGGCAGGAUAAUCCUGUCACUAUUCAUAAAGCUAUCUUCAAAUAGGAUAGGAUAGGGUUGGUUAGGAUAGGAUAUGGUUGGAUAGGAUAGGAUCUAAUCAGAAUUUGCUCUAUGAAUAAUUAUGUAUACUAUGUAUAUUUUUUGACAAUUUUUCUUCUUAUGUACUUUAUUGUAACUUCGUGGACGAUGGUGUUUCAUAUCAAACUUCCUAACAUUGUACUGUAUUGUUAUCCAUGCAGUGCAUUCCUCAGUGCUCUUACAAAAAUGGAAAUGGAAAUAAAAUAUGGAACACGGA